AUGAGGUUGCUUGAGUACUGCGACGCGGUGGCGAAGCGGGAGAUGAAGAAGCAGCUGCUGGACAGCAUGGACCUGGAACGGGAGAGGGGCAUCACCAUCAAGCUCAACGCUGCGAGGAUAGAGUACCCCGCGGAAGACGGAAAGACGUACGUCCUCAACCUCAUCGACACGCCUGGGCACGUCGACUUCUCCUACGAAGUGUCCCGGUCGCUGGCGGCGUGCGAGGGGGCCCUACUCGUGGUGGACGCGUCUCAGGGGGUGGAGGCGCAGACCCUGGCCAACGUCUACCUCGCCCUGGAGAACGACCUCGAGAUUAUCACGGUGCUCAACAAGAUAGACCUGCCCGCCGCGGACCCCGACCGCGUCGCCGAAGAGGUGGGAGAUGCGCCGCGCUUUUCUUGUCUUGUCGGGGCGCUCAUCUACGACUCCGUCUACGACGAGUAUAAGGGUGUGAUCGUGUACUUCCGCAUCGUAGACGGUGAGAUCCGAAGGGGGGACAAGAUCAAGUUCAUGGCCAACGGGGUCGAGCGCGAGGUGAUCGAGGUCGGGGUGCGAAAACCCGGGGCGUACGAGAUGGAGCGGCUGGGGACUGGCGAGGUGGGCUACAUGGUCUGCGGGGUUAAGAACGUCCUGGACGCUCGCGUGGGAGACACCAUCACCAGCGCCAAGGAACCGUCGGAGGAGCCUUUGGACGGGUACGAGGAGGCGAAGCCUAUGGUGUUCUGCGGGCUGUAUCCCACCGACGCGGAGGACUACGAAAUCCUGCGAGACUCGCUGGGGAAGCUCAAGCUCAACGACGCCGCUCUGGCCUACGAGCCGGAGGCUUCGUCCGCGAUGGGCUUCGGCUUCAGGCAGGGGGGCAAGACAGAUGUUGACAUUUUGGCGCUUGGUGUUGGCAUGGUGGUGUCGGACGCCCCGUACCCCCUCAUUGGCAUGGGCUGUUGCCAGAACGUGCUGGGCGUUUUUUGUUCUGCCUUGUCUGCGGGUGAGGAGGGGGUGUGCGGUUUCCUUGGGCUGUUGCACAUGGAGAUCGUGCAGGAGAGGCUGGAGAGGGAGUACAACCUCGACCUCGUCAUCACAGCACCUUCGGUUGUCUACAAGGCGCGGACGCCUAAGGGCGAACUGAUUGAUGUCGACAGCCCGUUCAAGAUGCCGGACGCGGACAAGCGGAGCGGCACUCAGGAGCCCUUCGUCAGGCUGGAGAUGCUCACCCCACAGGAGUACACCGGCACUCUGAUGGAGCUGUGCCAGAGCCGUCGGGGUGUGCUGAUGGACAUGAAGUUCGUGACGUCAGCGAGGGGGAGCAUCAUCUACGAGAUACCUCUGGCGGAGGUACGUACCUAA